GGAAUGCCUUCUUCAGGAUCCGAGACAGGCAAGCCUCUAAGGUCUGGCCCCACCCCCCUACCCAACCAGGGAGCUGUCCGUGCCAGGGGUGCUGGUCCGGGCCAGGGGUGCCAGACGGCAGCUGCGCAAGCUGUCUUCCACGACCCUGGUCCGCUUCCCCGACGCCCAGAACGUUCCCCUUUCCAGCUUGUCCUGAGCUUCCGUCCCUCCCAAGGACACGGUGGUUUAGCUCUGGCUCCGGCUCCGGCUCGGGUUCCGGUUCCAGGGGCGUCCUAGUCCGGCUCAGGGCCCCCGACGCCCUCCCGGCGCUCAUCCCUUGCUUUCUUCCCCUCCCCCCUUCGCCGCCUCAAGGGCUCCGGGCUGCGGCCGCAGAUACCCUUGCCGCGGCAGGCGGGGGGAGGGAAGGAUGGAGAGGGAUGCGGGCUGGUUGGGACCGGGGAGAGGCUCCGGACAACUCCAGCCCUGGGAAGGGAAGGAGAAGGGGGACGCCGCCGCCGCCGCCCUGGGUUCCCAAAAGCCUUCGACCGUCGCCGGCCCGGGACCAGGGGGCGGAGCGCAGGUGUGCCGGGCGGAGAGCGAGAGCCUUGCGCGCUUGUGAGCGCAAGUGUGAUGCGCGCGUGACUGCGCCGCUCCCCCGCUUCCCCGACCCCGCGUCGGGGGAGUGUGCGGUGCCGAGUCUGGGUCCGGUGAGGAGGACAGGCAGUCAGGCGAGAGUGCUCUCUACUGGUCUAUCGGGCACGGCUGGCUUGGCUUCUGCCCUCAGAUGCCCCGGCCGGAUGUGUAGCAGGGAAUCUUCCCAGCGGGCCGGAGGGAGCCGGCUUUCUGCACCCGAAAGGAACAGCGUGGCCGGUUCUCCGGAGCCUCCUAGAGAGGUGACAUGGCCUACGCCCCGUUUUGGAGAGGUAGCUGGACGGGAUGGCUCGGCUUCCCGAGGAUUUGACCCCCGCCCGGAAGGAAAUGGCCCUAUCAUACUAUUACCGACGCUACAGUCCUCCGGCCAACGCCAGACGCUCACGCCCCAGAACCUAGAAGGGCGUAGCAAGGCGAGGGCGGAACUCCGCAGGGGGCGUGGCCUGGGCGUGGCCUAA